UUUCGGGGCGCUGCGGCGGAUGUUGAUAUUCUGUUUUGGAGACCACAACCAGAGUUAGCUAGCGAGCUUUCAUCGUUGCCGGAGUUUUUUGUUGUUGUUGUUAGUUGUGUUGUUUGGUUGUUGUCUGACUUUGAAAUCGUUUUUCAACCGGGGGAAGGCUCCCACUGCCCAAACGACGGCACCGUGUCUCUCCCGGCGCCUCACCGGGGAAACGCGAGGCCGAGUCGUGCGAUGAUGGAGGACUUCGACGAGAUCUACGAGGAGGAGGAAGAGGAGGACGAGGAGAGGGCCGCGGAGGAACAGCUGUUAAAGUACGCUCCAGACCCGGUGGUCGUCCGAGGAUCUGGCCAUGUCACUGUGUUUGGACUCAGUAACAAGUUUGAGUCAGAGUUCCCAUCGGCACUUACAGGGAAGGUGGCGCCAGAGGAGUUCAAGGCCAGUAUAAACCGUGUUAACGGCUGUCUGAAGAAGACGCUGCCAGUGAAUGUGCGUUGGCUGCUGUGUGGCUGUCUCUGUUGCUGCUGUACACUGGGCUUCAGUCUCUGGCCCGUCAUCUGUCUGAGCAAAAGGACACAGAGAUCCAUGGAGAAGCUGUUGGAUUGGGAGAACAGCAGACUGUACCACAAGCUGUGUUUGCAUUGGAGGCUGAGCAAGAGGAAGUGUGAAACCAACAACAUGAUGGAAUAUGUAAUCCUGAUAGAGUUCCUACCCAAGAUCCCCAUUUUCAGACCGGACUAGCUCUCCGCGGCCCCACCCACAUCCUCCCGUGGUGCCUCUCUUCACUCGGCCCAGUCACCUCUCCAAAAUGGCCUCCUCUUUCCUCCCCUAACCAGGCCCAUACCCCUAAAACAACACCACCAUUUAGUGUUUACUGGACAUUAUCUAACUUCUCUAUCUAGCCCCUCUAUAUACCCAGAAAACACCUGUUUACACCCUAAAGCCCCUCCCCUUCUCUGAUGUCAACCUUCGACCCCUGAUCUGUUGGAGGAGACGUGACCUUUGACCCCCUCCCCCCGGGGUGGCCAUGUUGACUGUCAUCGGUAUGUGGGUCAUCGUGGGAGACCCAGCUCAGAAAGGGUGUAAACGGUACCAUAGACCUGUGGAACUGGAGAAAGUGGACUCCUAAUUUUGGACCUGCAACGAUGGACCUCCUCUUCACAGCCCUUCCCUGUACAACGAGGCACAAUCUUUCCUCAGAUUUAUACCCCCGUUAUAUUGUAC